CUCUCUCUCUCUCCCUUCCUCCCUCUCUGCUCCUCUUUCUCAGUGUUUUCAGCCUUGGCAAGUGCUGCAUAUCUGACAUUUCUAGCUCCAGCUCUUACCAGCUCCAUCGACAUCUGCAAGAGAGAAAAGGGAAAGAGAGGACAAGAGAAACCAGAGCGUGCCUCCAGCAUCGACAGCCGGAGUGAACCGCCUCAGCUCCUGAACCCCAGAAGAUCUACAGAUCCACCUCCCAGUCGCCCUCAUGGAGCGUGUCCAGCACAUGACAAAGUCGGCCAUCCGUCGAGCAUCUCAGAUCGAGGUGACCCCUCAGGCCAAGAGGAACCUGCAGGAGCUGUUUGUCAACUUCACACUCAUCCUCAUCUGCCUGCUUCUCAUUUACAUCAUCGUCCUGCUGAGCAGCUGAGCGCAGAAGGGACACAUGGCAGAGCUCACGCACUGAACGAGGAGAUUUUCUGAUGAAGAUUUUUCUAAAUAGGUCAAUAUAGUAAUAUUUCUAUUAUUUAAUCCAAAGAAAUCCAUUAGUUCAACCAUCGCUUGUUUGACUUGUCUGUAUGCACAGCAUUAUUCUACAUACACUGUGUAUAAGCAAUAUUGAACAUGAUGCACAUAAGAUGGAAAACAUUAAUCAUGUGAGGUUACUUCCUGUUACAUCACUUGCACUGACCUUUUUAUUGUCUGCACUGACUGAGAGACAUGAACUUCACAGCUGCUAUCGUUAACAGUAUAAACACACAGCAGCCUGUUUGAUUUGAUAUGAUGGCUGAUUCCUGAUUAUUUUAACCCUUAAAUGCUCUUCAACAUCUGCUCCUGCGUGUCCUAGAAAUGGCUGCAAAAGCAUCAUAGAUUGAUUUUAUUUUUCACACCAGACAUCUUUUUAAAACUUCAGGCUUCAAUAUCUUUGUUGCAUAUUUAUAUUUGUGAAGUUUAAACUCAUUAAAGGCCAAUAUGUUUACAGAACUGUGCAUUUUUAUUACCAAAAAAUAAAUGUUAGAAUUAAUACUUUAAUGAAUAUACGCCCUGUAGUUGCAUUUUAAAAUGAAACCUUAAAAUAGAUCCUUAGAACAAAAAUAUUUCAAGUUACCAAAAAGGUCUAUAAAAUUAUUUGGUAAUUUGCUAUAAUUUUCCCUAAUUUUUAUUCAUAUUUCAAACUAAUAUUCUGGGAUUUUACUAAAGGCCUGUAUGUUUGCAUAGCUUCAUGCUUUUUAAAUCAGAACAUAAACAAAAACAAAUUAUCAGCAGCUGAAAUAUUUACCAUUAAAUGCUUUGCAUAUAAAUAAUUCAAAACAACACCUAACUAUCCAACAUCAGUGACUGAAUCAGUUCCAUAAAAUGGUUAAACAUGUUGACUUUUCUUGCAAGCUUUGAACAUAUAAACAACAGCACCAUCUGGUGGACAAACGCCAUAUAAAAUUCUUGCAAAACCAAAACUGAACAGAAAUGGAUGCUUAGCUAGAUAAAUGUGGUAUCCAAAGUGGUAUUUUAAAAUUAUGUUUUUUGUUAAUAGCUAAUUCAAGGAACUGUGAUGACAAUUAGAUGUUUUUUUU